UUAAGUUGCUCAUUUCUGUUUUUUUAAGUAUAGUUUAUUGUUUGCAAAUUCCAUCCCACAUCUUUAUGUGAUAUUAAUAAAGUUGUUCCUUCGUUAUUCCAGUUUAAAUAUACUUGAACCAGAAUUAUUAUGUUGCCUUCGUUUUUGUUUCACUCUAAUUGUCUAAUUCAAGAUGAUAAAGAACACAGAUACAGAGAUGCUCAAAUUACAAAAAGAAGAAAUAAAAGAUAAAGAUAAAGAGGAAGAACCGGAAGUUUUGAAGAAACGAUAUUUUGGUUUUGUAAAAAUGAAACAUCAGGUUAAAAGAUUGAUCAAUGGGAAAUUUGUAUUUGAUUGAAUUAUAUAAGAGGAUAUAUCAAUUGAUUACAACAAUAAAUAUGAAGGAAGACACUAUAUAUAAUUUUUUAAAUGAGGUAAUCUUGCAGUUAAUGAUAUAAAGAUUUAGAAAGAAGAUCUAUUAGAACUAUUAUGAAGAACUAUUAGAAAAACGAUUUAGAGAAGUUGAGAACAAACAAGAAAACUCUUGAAGAAUAAGAUUUAAAAAAAAUGGAUCAUAAAUGGUAUAAUCUCCAUUAGUCUAAGAAGGCUCUUAAUAGAAAUAAUUUAAAAAGAUCAGCAUAUAUUUAAAGAGGAACAUAAUGAAGGAAGGAGAUGUAUUUCUCCCUAUUUAAAUAUGAUUCUGGCACCAGCAUGCGCAGCAAGUUGAAGAAGAAGCUAAUAAGUAUCUGCACACAUAUUAAAGUAGUCUAUUAAUGGCUACAAAAAAGAUAAAAUAUGAUUUGAUAUUGUUUCUUCUAUUAUACAUAAGGAGACAAAAAAUAUAUGAGCUCUUUAAUUAUCUCAGGUGAAGAAAAUAAAGAUUACAAACUGUAAAAACAUUGAAGUAUCAUUAAAAUGAGAUAAUAUACAGUUGAUGAGGCUUCUACUUAACGUCUACGUAAAAUAUAAACUUUGGAGUUACGCGUGCCGUAUACGCGCCAAUUGAAGCUUUGAAACAAGCGCAAGUAGAUAAGUCGCGCAUCCCCACCAUACACAAGAAAUGACUACACGUAAGGAAAGUUUUGUAAUAGUCUUGAGAAUGAUGAACAUAAUGUAAAUUACUAUGUGUUGAGAUAUACGUAUAUGUAUGUGUACAUAUUUGUAUGUGUAUGUGUGUAUAUAUAUAUAUAUAUUUAUAUAUAUUUAUAUAUAUAUUUGUAUUAUAAAUUAUGUUGUCAAUAAUAAAAUAGAUACCGAAGUGUAGUAUAUACAUGAUAUGAUAAUCUUUUUAAAUAUAUAAUAUAAUUUUUUAUUAUUAAAUUACUACAUAUGAAUUUUAUUUUAUAAUUAUUUUUGUUUCAUAUAUACAAUGAAAAAAUGAAAUUCAAUCAAUAUUAGUUAAAUGAGAUAAGUAAUAUUACGCUAUGUAUUGUGUAUGAUAUCCAGAUGUAAUUAAAAAUAAUUGAUUAGCGAUAGUAAGGUCAUUAUUGCAGUAUAAAUUGCGUUUUAAACAUAGCACAAAGAAAGAAUAAACUAAUUUUUAAGGCCUUCAAGUUCAAGGUAAAAACUCAUUCUCUCUAUCCUAUUCGUAGUUUCAUUUAUUGAUACAAGGUGAAGUUCAUGAUUUCACAUUGAGAUAACAUUAUUCAGAAAAAUAUUGGAAUGAAUCAUAAGAUUGUAAUCAUACUUUAAUAAUAGGAUAUUUCUGUUUGUUUUAAACGAACGAUAUUAUUGUUGAUUUUACACUUUGAAGUUUUUGUGACGUUUAAGUAUAAUUUAAAUAUAUAUAUAAUUAUAAAUAUUGAUAAUUACAUAUAAAACAAUAUUACCUUAGACACGUUAACCGAUAAACGUUUUAUCCUAGCUUAAAUCAAAGGACAAGAAAUUAUCUAAUUAUAUAUAAUACGUCAAUAUUUUUAAACAAAAUAGUAAAAAAUUGUAUUAGUAUUAUUGUCGUUCUAAUUAUCUCUGAAGUCUUAUAAAAAUAUCUUGCUUUUAUAUAUAUAUACAUACACACAUACAUUGUACCAAAUUCUCUAUCUUAAUUUUAUUUAUAUCAUUAUUCAAUCAAAUGUCCUUGCACAAAUUGGCACAGAUUGAGACUGGUAGAUACUAACGUUACACCGUGAUGACGAUGUAACAAGCCAACUAUAAUAACGAGCGUUUAAUACGAAUAAUGCGACACUUGCAAGGAGGCGAAGUAAGUCACGUCUCUGACGAUUUAUUUUAGAGAUUGUGUGUAUAUAUAUGUGUGUAUAUACAUGCACACGUAUAUAUAAUAAAUAUAAAUGUAUGUGUCUGUGUGUGUGUGUAUCGCGUAGUCUCUCUUUCGAUCGUCAAGGGCAACGGACAAUCAAAUUUUUCAAUUGUUUUCUAUCGUAAAGAUAGAAAGCGGAAUCGUUUUUUAGAAUGAGCUCCUUUUGGAUAAUUAUCUAUCAGUCUCGAUUUCUCUUUGCUUGACUUGCGUCCUUUUUCUUGAAUCACAAGACUUUUUUCAUAAAGAAAAAAGAAGAAGAAACGAAUAAAGCGUAAGAGCAGCAUAUGAUAGCUCUUAGAUGAGGUUUCCCAUAAAUAUAACAUAUACAUACUUAGAUAAAGAAGAGAAAGAAGAAGACAACGUCGAAGAUCGCUCGAAGAGAGAAGAACAAAGUUUAGAGUGAAGGAAAAAAAUCGUUUCAGCCGUGGAUCACAUAAACGAGGGAAGCCAAACGACGGUGCCCAAACACCGAAAUGCUCGUCGCAAAAAAGCGAAAAGCGUGACCAGUGAUUCGAAGGCGAAGAUCAUGGCAAAUCCUUGUGGGGAAUUCCGCAAGGAUAUGCAAAAACGUAUCGCGCCAGCAGGUCCGCAACCGGCUGUAUUACCGGCUUGUUCCAUGACGACGAUUCAAACUCAAAGUGCACCAACAACGCCAAUGCGACCACGAUCACUUUAUACGACUCACAGUUAUCACGCGCAGACCGAGGACGCUAACUUUCAAGUAUGUAUAUUCAUACCUACAAGUUUCACUUCUCUUUUUUCUCUGCUUUUUUGUCUUCUCUACCGUCUAUUGGAAGCCGCAUUCUCGUGUUUCCUCUUUCGUAAUCGUCCGAGAACGAACUUUCAGCGAUACAGUGAAUUUUCCAAGUACUUCGAAACACCACCAGCGGAUCAAUGGACUAGUAUGACGGGUGCAACUACUUAUUCGAAUUCGGCGGCGAUUUGGAGACAGCCAAGAAAUCCUAAAACGAUUGCAACUCCUUAUUACGCGACUGAGGAACCCUGUGUUUAUACGGAAAAUUGGAGAGAACAUGAAACAGAUGCGGGUACCGGAGGUGCCAUCACUACACCACACGGUACCAUCUCCUUGAGACUCCGCAAUAGGAUUCGAGUUGACAUGACUGUUGAUCGUGCUGUGAGAGUGAUCAAUUUUAAGAAUAAUAUCGUGCUUUCCUUAAGUUGUUCUGGAACAGCCUCUGCAUUACUACAUCCGAAUGGAAGAAUAUAUCAAUAUGGAUCGCGCGUUGAAAUUCUGGCUCACGAUACGCAUGGCAAUAAUAAAUACGCAAAGAUGUGGUACAAGGGUGUCAGUUUUACGUGUGAACAAUGUGCUCUUGUAUAUUUAGUGGAUACAGCAGGAACUAGAACGACUACUGACUCGUUUUUGGACAUGAGUCAAGACUUUUCUUUAAAUGUUUUUUACUCCGGCUCGCGACAUGGAUCAACGUGCUUACAAGAAGCGGCUACAGUUCUCGGAGCUUCUCAAUAUUGGAUUACAGAUGAAGGUGUUGAAAAUUGGAUCAUCAAUAAUGUUAGAAUUUCUCAGACUCCGGAUGGACUUGUCAGAAUUGGACGUAAUAGCAACAAAUAUCAGCUACGAACAUCACCUAGCAAUGGAACUGCAUCCUUAACAACUCCGUUUCUACAUUGCACGGCCUCGUUGGGUCAAACGUCUCAUUUAUUUGUACGCCGAGGAGAACGGCGCAUGCAUUAUGAUGGAACAAGUUUCAUUGUACGCAAUGCAGGACACAGUGCUGGAUUUGACGACAAUGACCAAUUAAAAGUCUAUUGAAAAGUUUGACUAUUUAUUCAAUGUAUAAGAUUAUACUUAUUAAUUACCAAUGUAGUAUAGUCGAUAAUUAAAUAUAUUUAUCGCUUAAAGCUGAUCGAUAAAUAACAUUAAAGAAAUUUUUAUAAUAAAAAAGCAGUAAUAUGUAUGCAACAUACGUAGAUAUGUUUAUAAACAUAUGUAUGUAUAUUUGCGUAUAUAAUUAUAAUUAUAAUAUAAAAAAGAUGAAACGCGAAGAUUGCAUAUUAUUGCAGUAAACAUUUUUUUUACUUGACAUUUAAUUGAAUUGCAUUUGCAACAUGUUUAGGAAUUUAAUUUAAUUGCUUUAUUGUCAAAAACAAAAAUAUGUGAGACAUUAUCUCUAAAAAUAUGAAAUCUUAGUAUAUUCAAGUAUGUAAUUUACUAUUAUUUUUUGCACUUAUUAAUAAAUAUAUAAAACAUUAUGUAUUGUAUCUUGUUUUAUAAUUUAUAAAAAGUACAAUUUUAUUAAUUAUAGACAAUUAUGCUAUAUGAUACUUAUAGAUUAUUUUACUAUGCAAUUUAUUUGAUAAACUUUCAUUAUCACUCUGAAUAAUAUUUAAUAGUAAUGCAGCACUUGCAAAUUUUCUUAAAUAAGAAUUAUAUAAAUCUCUCUGAUUAAAAUAUAUAUAUGUAAAAAUAUAUUUAACUUGUACAGUAAAGCUUAGACAUACUGGAUACCAUUAUGGUCUUGACUUUUUAUGUUACAUAUGUAAGAAAAUUUAUUAAAAUCAAUGAAAUUUAUUUGAUCAUUGUAAAGCUAUAGAUUAAGAAAACGUUAAGUUAAUAAUAUGAGAUGAUUUAUCUUGUUCAUAAAAUCAUAGGUGAUCGAAGCGCUACCUAGUAGUACAUUCGAAAGUUUCAUCAUUUAUAAUGAACACGAUGUAAUACUACAAAUAUCCAGGAGCGUUACAAAUACUGGGCCGAAAGGGGCUCCUGUAAAAUGUCGGUAAUACAGAGAUAUGUAUUACCAUUUAUUUGGCAACGCUAUAAAAUCUUUAAAUAUAAUGAAAAUCCUGCCAUGAAACGAUAAAAUAAGUAUUGGAACCAAAAGAUAUGUUCUUACAAUGCAAUUCAUGAUUAAAUAAUCGAUGCAUUAUACGAAAUAUCGAAGUUUCUUUAUCUUUAAAAAUUUAAUAAAGUGCACACAUGUUUUGCACGUCUCUGAUGUAUUAUUGUAUAAUUGCAAUUAGUAUUAUAUGAAUUACGAUUAAUAAAUAAAUAUAACAGUUGAUGCCCUUACGGUGUCUUAAUAUUUCAACUUUAAAAUGCACGAUUUUAAUCAAAAGAAAAUGCAUUAAAUAAAUCAAGCUACUGCACAAUAAGCAGAAAUCAGAUUAAAAAGUUAUCUUUCACUAAAAUCGAAUAAUACAUUCACGUCAUAUGUUAUAUAUGACUCGCAGUACGUAAUAUUCUACAAUAUUUUUUUCUGGGUAACAUAAGAACGACAUGACGUAUAUACACAGGUGUAAUUUUGAAUGACGAUGUGUGCACAUUCAUAGCGCCGUAAAUAUACUUAUGAAUUCAUA